AGCGGACGGUAAAAUAAUUCUGGGAAGCCUUCGUUCAAAGCCGGAGCGUCGGUGGUUCGAGAGUGUGGACGGUUUGUUUAUAUUUUAACAACGUUUGCGUCCGUUCGAGGUUAAUAAUGCCGUACGCGAACCAACCGACGGUGAAGAUCACGGAGCUGACAGACGAGAAUGUGAAGUUCGUCAUUGAAAACACGGACCUGGCGGUUGCAAACUCUAUCCGCAGAGUCUUCAUGUCAGAAGUUGCCACAAUAGCCAUCGACUGGAUCCAGAUCGACGCCAAUUCAUCGGUCCUGCACGAUGAGUUUGUCGCGCACAGAGUCGGUCUGAUUCCUCUCACAAGUGAUGACAUCGUGGACAAAAUGCAGUAUUCUAGGGACUGUACCUGCGAUGAUUUUUGUCCAGAGUGUUCUGUCGAGUUGACGCUGGACGUUCGAUGCACUGAGGACCAGACACGUCACGUCACCUCACGGGACCUUUUAUCCAACAACCCCAGAGUCAUCCCGGUGACUUCCAGGAGUCGAGACAAUGAUCCCAAUGACUACGUUGAACAAGACGACAUUUUACUGGUGAAGCUCCGUAAAGGUCAGGAGCUGCGGCUCCGAGCGUACGCCAAGAAAGGCUUCGGUAAGGAACACGCCAAGUGGAAUCCAACGGCGGGGGUGUCCUUCGAGUACGACCCUGACAACGCACUGAGGCACACGGUCUACCCACGACCUGAGGAGUGGCCAAAGAGUGAAUACUCAGAGAUUGAGGAGGACGAGGUUCAAGCUCCCUACGACCCCAACGGAAAGCCAGAAAGGUUCUAUUAUAACGUGGAGUCGUGCGGCUCUCUGCGACCGGAGACCAUCGUCAUGUCGGCGCUGGCGGUCCUCAAGAAGAAGCUGAGCGACCUGCAGACUCAGCUGAGCCACGAGAUCCAGAGCGACGUGCUCACCAUCAACUGAGCACCGACGCCUCCACCCACCACCACCGCCACCAUCAUGACCUGAAUUCACACACAGAAGAUCACAUGACCAUAAAUACAUUCAUUUAUCUGGACAGAUCUGAGUUUGUCUUUGCGUUUUGUUGUCAGUGGUUUAACUCCGACAGUGUUUGGUUAUUAUUGUUAAAUGUUGCUUUUUAAAUAAAAUCUGUAUUGAGUAUUU